AUGGAGUACGAUCCAAAGACGCCGCAAUACUCGACAUCAGACAAGACGAGCUUCGCCUCUGUCUCGGCUCUUGAGCGAUGGCCUGUUAUUCUGACCGGCGCAAUUGACGACCUACACCGAACCGUCGGCGAUGUCCCUACAACAAACGAAGAGAAACGCGCUGAGGGAAAGGGCAUCAUUGAAGAAUUAGCCAAGUUGAAAUAUGAGUUGCAGCAUAACCGACAAUUGACUCCCCUUCUCGACGACGGCGAACCCGAUAUCACCGAGUACAACGACGAACUAGAGAAACGGGGAAAUCCGACGUGGUACGAUGUCCCAUGGCUGUAUUCAGAAUGUUAUAUGUACCGACGAAUCGCAACUCUCUUCAAUCGCUCCCAAUUCUGGAAAGGAUACGACGUCUUCUCACGCCAGAAAAUUUCAACAUUCAAAUCAUCACGUCCUGCCGUCCUCGAAUUGGCAGCUCGUUAUAAAGCGCUCGCUCUCGAGGCCGAGAAACAUUCCAAGGACGGAAUGUCGGAGGAUCAAAUCGAGGAAGCCGAGCGCAUCAUCUUCACUGAGAUGUGCGAGAUUUGUCUAUGGGGAAACGCCACCGAUCUGUCACUACUCACAUCUCUCACGUACGAAGAUAUCCAGAAACUGCAAGGUUCUGAGGCCCGCAAGGCUUCUGAGAAGAACAUCCUCGUCAACGACAUGACAGCAGCAUACAACGUGCUUCGCGACGCACGCAAAUCCAAAAAGGCCGGCGAAGAACGAAGAGUCGAUAUUGUCCUCGACAACGCUGGUUUCGAGUUAUUCGUUGACCUGAUUCUUGCCGGAUAUUUGUUAUCGUCCGGUCUAGCUACAACCGUCGUUUUAAGGCCCAAGGUCAUCCCCUGGUUUGUCUCGGAUGUUAUCCCGAAGGACUUUGCGGACCUAUUAACUGCUAUUGCGAAUCCGCAAGCCUUUUAUACUGCGGCCGAUGCCUCGGGACGCGAGCACCCGCCUCUAUCAGACGAGGAGUUGAGCAAUGUUCAAUUCUUGUUUGGGCAAUGGGCCUCGUUCCAUGCCGAGGGCAAAUUGAUGCUUCGUCCGCAUAGGUUCUGGACUGGCCCCGGUUCGUUUUGGCGUCUUCCCAAGACCGCGCAGGAUCUUUAUGAGGAUCUUAAGGAGGCCGAGCUUGUGCUUUUUAAGGGUGACUUGAACUAUCGCAAGUUGACUAGUGAUGCUAUCUGGGACCCAACAACCCCCUUCACCGAAGCCAUAGGCCCUCUAGGCCCCAAGUCCGGAAUCCGUAUCUUAUCAUUCCGUACCUGCAAGGCUGAUGUCGUGGUCGGCCUCAAACCAGGUGAAGAUGAACGUCUGCGCCAGCUGCCGGACGGAGGUGGUGAUUCCGGUGCGAGGAAAUGGGCUUGGAGUGGGAAGUGGGCUGUUGUCUCGUUUUCCGAUGGGAAGAUCUGA